AUGGCCUUCACCAUUUUCAAAUCUUGCCUUCUGCUAUUUUCUAUUUUCUUCUCAACUUCUGCACUCAAUGCUACCAUAGAAGAAUCCCAUCUCACUUUCAUAAGAUCAUUAUGCAAAUCCACACCACACCCUGAUGCCUGUUUAGAUUCACUCAAACUCUCCAUUUCUAUAGGUAUAUCUCCAAAUAUUCUUAAUUUUCUCCUCCAAUCACUCAAAACUGCCUUGUUUGAAGGUGCAAAAGUUUCAAGUCUGUUAUCAGGUGCUGGACAAACAAAUCUCCUUGAAAAACAGAAAGGUACAAUCCAAGAUUGCAAGGAGCUGCACCAAAUAACACUGUCUUCCCUAAGAAAAUCCAUGUCUUGGAUCAGUUCAUCUGAUUCAAGAAAAUUAUCUGAUUCCAGGGCAUUUCUUAGUGCAGCUCUAACUAACAAAAUCACUUGUUUAGAAGGCCUAAACCUUGCUUCUGGCCCUCUAAAAUCAUCUUUACUUUAUUCAUUGAUAACAACUUAUAAGUAUGUAAGCAAUUCCCUGUCAUUUCUCUCCAGGCCAGGUGCACCCACAGGCCAUAAAAACCGGCGGCUUCUGGGUGUUCCAGGGUGGAUGUCAAGAAAAUGUCGCCGGAUUUUGCAGAGUUCUGGCGAUGAAUAUGAUCCCAACGAUGUGCUCACGGUAGCUGCAGAUGGAACAGGGAACUUUACUACGAUUAAUGAAGCAAUAAAUUUCGCUCCGAGUAACAGUGUUGAUAGAAUAAUCAUUUACAUUAAAGAAGGGGUGUAUCAAGAAAAUGUGGAAAUUCCAAGUUGGAAGCCUAACAUUGUUCUUCUUGGUGACGGGAUUGAUGUCACUGUAAUUAGUGGUAAUAGAAGUGUAGCCGAUGGUUGGACUACUUUCAGAUCUGCAACUGUAGCUGUUUCCGGGGAGGGGUUCUUGGCACGAGACAUAACCUUCGAGAACACAGCAGGACCAGGGAAACACCAGGCAGUAGCCCUUCGUGUUAACGCAGACUUAUCUGCCAUCUACAGGUGCUCCAUUAAUGGCUACCAAGAUACAUUAUAUGUCCACUCCUUCAGACAAUUCUACAGAGAAUGUGACAUUUCUGGGACAAUCGACUACAUUUUCGGAAAUGCAGCAGUUGUUUUCCAGGGCUGUAACAUAAUCUCGAGAAUGCCAAUGGCAGGACAAGGUACAGUGAUCACGGCACAAUCCAGGGACACCCCAGAUGAGGAUACUGGGAUUUCAAUACAGAACUGUUCUAUUCUGGCUACUGAUGAAUUGAACUCUAAUUCGAGCCGUUUCAAGAGUUUUCUGGGAAGGCCCUGGAGAAAUUAUUCUAGAACAGUUUAUUUGGAGUCCUAUAUUGAUGAUUUUAUUGCACCAGAAGGGUGGACAAAUUGGGUGGGGGAUGAAGGUUUGGACACUUUGUAUUAUGGAGAGUAUGAAAAUUAUGGCCCUGGAUCAAGAACUGAUGACAGAGUUACUUGGCAGGGUUUUCAUUUAAUGGAUUACUAUGAUGCAUCAAACUUUACAGUUUCUAUGUUUGUUGCUGGAGAGGAAUGGUUGGGUUCUACUUCCUUUCCUUAUGAUGAUGGGGUUUGA